AUGGUGAAGCCUCUUGGUGUCUUUUCAAUAGUUCGAAGUGGAAAUGGAGCGGAUAUUUGGGGUUUGUAUGCAAGGUGGCACAAAAUGAAAGGAGACCUUACAAUGUGCUCUGAAGCUUUAUUAAAGCAAGUUAGAUCAUACCAGGGAUCUGAUUUGUGGAAAGAUAGAGAUCGGUUUAAGAAGUUUGCUCAAUCAUCCUUGGAACUCUGUAAGGUGUACAUGGAAAUUUCUGCGUCUACUGGUAGCCGUCGUGAACUGCUUACAGCAGAGAUGCACCUAAAGAACACAAUUAAACAGGCUGUGAGUUUCUCAGACAUGGAAGAACUUCAGGAUCUUAAAGCUUGCCUUCAUCAAGUGAAAGAGAGGGAUUGGGGUUGGGAGGAAUUAGAGGAGGAAGGUGUGGGUUGCGGCAAUGGAGGAAGGGGAGGGUUGUGGAUGAAUUUCCGAAUUUACCCUCAUUUUUGA